ACCAGCGUGUAUUUCAUUCAGAUUAUUCAUCUGAGUGCGACGACCCGGCUGCAGUGCUCACAGCCUGAGUAGACCUUGUAAGAAACCUCAAGAGGGCUUGGUUCCCUAGGUUCGUUUCGUUUCGUUUGUUUUCUUUUCUUUCUUUUUGAACGGAUUAUCAAUUUUGAUAGUUUGAUAACCGGAGAUAAUGAAUGGAUGCAGCGUUUCCUUUUUCCAAGGGUGUGCCUGGAUUCAAGUGCAGUAAUUAGCAGUCUUUAUUUAUAAACCCCCUCUUUACACCGGACGCGCCUCAAGACUGAAUUAUUAUACGCGUUUGUCAUUAUUAUACAUUCACCGGUUGAUCAUAGGAGGCGUGGGAGACUUUUCUGCGUUUUGCUAACAGACAGAAGCGUCUUGGCUGCAUCUGCAUCUCUUGGCUCUGUGUCUGAGCCGCGAUCUCACAUCAACUAAAUCAAAACGGGCGAAUAGUGGACGCAAAUGACCAAAGACCCCACCAACACCACUCUGCAACUCAGCGAGCCUUGAAAACCUUGCAUUCCUCCUGACUUGCUGCGUGCAACCAUGCCGGGAGUUGUGGAUCGUAUGGAACUGAGCAAAGUCCCGACAGAGGCCGAUGAUGACAGCACCAACAGCCUGGAUGACGGCUACACAGAGGCCAUGGACUCAGAGAAGGGAACUAUUAACAGCCAGUAUAUGGAGGACAACGACGACAUGGAAGACCAUAAGUUUCUCUCAAGUAAUGGGAUGAUGAAGAAGAAGAAAUAUGAUGAAGAAUAUCACCCGGGCCACACCUCCUUCGGCAUGUCCGUCUUCAACCUGAGCAACGCUAUCAUGGGCAGCGGCAUCCUGGGCCUGUCCUUCGCCAUGGCCAACACGGGCAUCGUGCUCUUCACCAUCCUCCUAGUUGCCGUGGCGAUCCUCUCCUUAUAUUCUGUGCAUCUGCUCCUUGUGACAGCAAAGGAAGGAGGGUCAUUGAUUUAUGAGAAGCUGGGAGAGCGAGCAUUUGGCUGGCCAGGGAAAAUAGCGGCAUUCGGGUCCAUAAUUAUGCAGAACAUCGGAGCUAUGUCUAGUUACCUAUUUAUUGUCAAGUACGAGCUGCCUGAGGUUAUCAGGGCCUUCUUGGGUUUACAAGAAAACUCCGGCGAGUGGUACAUGAACGGAAACUACCUGGUCGUGUUCGUGUCCAUCGGGAUCAUCCUGCCUUUGUCUCUCCUUAAAAAUCUAGGCUACCUGGGCUACACCAGUGGGUUCUCCCUCUCCUGCAUGGUCUUCUUCCUGGGUGUGGUGAUCUACAAAAAAACCCAGCUGCCGUGUCCGCUGCCGUUCUUGCACCACAACUCCAACCUCAGCACCAACGGCUCCGACAUGUCGGGCAUGUACGCGCUGCACAACCGCUCGGCGCCCAUGGACUUCUCCCGGGCCGACAUCUCUCCGGCAGCCCAGGGGAGCCUGGACGCUCACCGCACCGCGGGUGUCUACUACGAGCCCCGCCCCGAUGACGACAAGGAGACGUGCACGCCCAAAUACUUUGUGUUCAACUCGCAGACGGCCUAUACAGUGCCCAUCCUGGCAUUCGCCUUCGUGUGUCAUCCCGAGGUCCUGCCCAUCUACAGCGAGCUCAAAGAUCGCAGCAGGAAAAAGAUGCAGAAUGUGUCCAACCUGUCCAUCCUGGCUAUGCUUAUCAUGUACAUGUUAUCAGCACUGUUCGGCUAUCUAACCUUUUACGAUAACGUGGAAGCCGAGUUGCUUCACACGUUCACCAAGGUCUAUAAGUUUGACACCAUGUUGCUGCUGGUGCGUCUGGCUGUGCUCACCGCUGUCACCCUCACUGUCCCCAUCGUGCUGUUUCCUAUCCGCUCCUCCAUUACCACGCUGCUGUUCAGCAAUCGAGAGUUCAGCUGGAUUCGCCACAUGCUGAUUGCCGCCAGCAUCCUGGUCUUCAACAACAUGCUGGUCAUCUUCGUCCCCACGAUCAGAGACAUAUUUGGCUUCAUCGGCUCCUCUGCAGCCACCAUGCUCAUCUUCAUCCUACCCGCUGCGUUUUACCUACGCCUGGUCAAGUCGCUGCCAUUUCGCUCUCCGCAGAAAAUCGGGGCGUUCGUCUUCCUAUUGGUGGGAAUCGUAUUCAUGAUCGGCAGCCUGUCGCUCAUUGUCUUGGACUGGGUCCACAACCCCCCAGGCUCUGGUGGCAGUCACUAGGCCCAUUUCCCCCUCCUCGGAUCCACAUAAGGUGCCCCCCCCCCCUUUAUCAUCUGGACAAUCUUCUGCAAAUCCCAAACAAUGACCACAAAACCUACCACUUGGACUGAAUGUGGGUGAAAACAGGAGAAAUAUUUCCAUGAGCCAUGUGACAACAUUUUUAGGCCUAGAUGUGCUGUGACACAAACCCAGGAGAAGGGAGGACAGACUUUUGGGCAGCCCCCUCACCUAACGUGGAUCUGUGGCCUGCAGUUUUUGUGGGGACUGGAAAGACAAUUCCCCUUAACACACUGCACGCCUGAAGGACAUGCGGAGGUCGAGGGCAUAGUCCUCCACAAAACAACGAGCACUUCCAGCAUUACAUUUCAGCAUUAUGUGCCAAGAGCUACCACACACACACACACGCACACCCAUAUCAAAACCACCAAACAGUAAAUCAAUCACUUACCGCACUAUUGUGGAUUUUCCUCUUGGGCUGGUUUCAGUCCCGUCUGUGUUCGUGAAGUGAGGGCGACCCUUUCAGUAUUACUGUCACAGGGGGGACUCGAACAUGCAAGCUGUGUGAAUGUACAUAAACAAGCAAUUCUACUGAAGAAACGAGCGCUGUACAUACUAUCUCACGUGACCUCGUGCGGCUCAUUUCCUGCUCAGAUUGUACAAAGUCCAGCGACCAUUACCGACACCUGCUGGGAUGUGUUAGGCACUUGAAAGAGCUGGGAUGUAUGAAAUGACCACGUAUGCUGUCAAAUCAGAUAUAUUAGCAAAAAAGUCAUAGUAUGAAAAGCACGAAAGUAUGCAUUUUAUAACCUUCUCCAAAUAGCUUUAAAUAGCAGCUUGAUGAUUUGAGAGAUUUUAGUCCUGCUGAUGGAUUGAGCAAAAAACUAAAGAGUUUGGAACAGAGAGUUUGGAACUAUUCCAAAUCUGCAUGGCCUUAUUAUAAUUAGCAUCAACCAUCUUUUUCGACGAUUCUUUCCAUUUAAGCUCUAGAACAUCUGUUGCCAAAUGGUCAAAGUUCAAUUAUUUAGGGGAGAACAUGUUUGUUGUUCCAAAAAAAAGUGUCUUUGAACACUUGAGCUUUGUCAAGCUCAAGGUUCAACACAUGGUCACCUGAUCUGUUUCUCUUACCGUUGAAUUCGCUUUUUUUUUUAAACAUAAUUGAUGCUUUUUCUUAUGUAAACUCUGAAUCAGACGCUGAAUCGGGUGCAUUUCCUCGGACGACUGAUGACAUCAAUGUUCCAGGUAGCUUCACCCAUUCGCCGCUGCCGUUAUGUGUCAUGAACACGUCCAGCCAAAGCGACGAACAUUUAUAGAUCCUUUACGGGUCCACAUACAAAAAGAAAAUAGAUAUUUCAAAUGAAAUAGUGUAUAUUGUGCAUGUUUUUGGAUUACAAACAUGGUCUUUUUGGACAAUUGUACAUGCUCUGUAAAUAAUCUAUAUUUUAUGGUACACUUGACUUGUUGUCUAUGAAGUGGGUGGUUGGAGGGGUUUGCCUUAGUCGUCUGCAAUCAACCAUUUGUUUUAGUAUAUAUAUAUAUAUAUAUAAAUAGAUAUAUAUUAUGUUUUAGACUUUUUUUCUUGCUGUUUGACAGUAGGUUUUUUUCCUUUGUAUAUUUGUAGAAAAUUUGGUUUCUAUAUAUUCAUUUUGUUGUUAUAAUAUGUACUCGUCAUAUCAGGAUGAUUUAAUCAACGACCUACUUCAAAAUGCAGGUUUCACGUUGUCCCAGAAGUCACAUACAAGCUGAAUUUUUUUUACAGUUGCAUAAUAUCUUCAAGCAAGGCAAGAUUGUUUUUUUUUCUAAGAAUCACGUAGACGGACAAUCGUACAAACCUGUUUGUACCUUUCUUCUCUGCGGUGCUGCACGAGCCCAUUUGCCCGCUGUGUAAGACUGUUUUUUUACACCACACCUCUGCCCCUUUUAGCAUCUCAGGUAUCCAAUCUGACGAUUUGCGCGUCUGGAUCCAUUUGAACGCGUGUCACCUCCCUUUUGCAUGAUUGAGCCGAGCCGCAUGGAGCUGUCAUAUAUUGCACGGGUUGUCGUUGGAUCACCAGCUAAUAAAGACAGUUUUGAGGCAGAGACAUUUUUCUAUGAACCCUCGGCCACAGAUGGAUGAGUUAAUUUCAAUCAUGUUUGUAACUCUCCCUAAAGGGAAUUGAUUUCUUUUUUUGUAUCAGUGAUGCUGUUUCAUUAUGAAGAAAAAUAAAAAUGCCAAAUGAAAUAUUA